AUGUCAAACUACUAUCCUCCACCCCCUGGAGCCGGAGGCGCAGCCUCUGCAGCCGCAUUCCAAUCAGCGCAGCACAACUAUCCGCCUCCUCCCAUGUCGGCGCCGCCUACACAGACCUCGUUCUCGUAUCCGUCUCCUCCAGCAGCGAGUUCCCAGCCAAGGAACUAUCCUCCUCCGCCUCAGGCCGGUUCGACUCCUACUCCACCACCAGGGCGGUCAACGCCUUCAUACCCGCUUCCUCCACAGCAGCAGCAGCAGCAGCAGCAGCAACAGUAUGCGCCGCCGCCCCAACAACAACAAUACGCUCCUCCUCCGCAGCAACAAUACGCAGCACCGCCCCAAGCCUCCCAAUCUCCCACUCCCCUUCAACACGGUGCGUUGCCUCAGCACUUACGGACCCCGUCGACUGUGUCGCAGACUUCGUCCCAGAACACACCACAGUUCGCUCCGCCUCCAACGUACCCCUCGGAGGAAGGUAAUGGUGCAUACCCUGUGGAGAAGCAGCAGCAGCAGCAGCAGCAGCAGCAACAGGAGGCGCAAGCCCCCGUAAUUGACCCUACCGGUACCGCGGGCGCGUUGAUGGGGGCUCCUGCUGCUGGUCAGUUCGUGGGCGCCUCGGCGGUAGUAGACGAUGUCGGCACAUUCAACGGCGGAAGCUACCGGAUCAGCCACCGUGACUGCAACACUGUCUUGACAAUCCAGCUAGCCAUCGGGUGUCCUCUGCAAGCCAGGCCUGGUGCCAUGAUCGCCAUGUCCCCAUCCAUCGUACUCAAGGGCAACAUCAAGUUCAGCAUGAAGAAGCUCGUCGCCGGCGGCGAUAUGAGCACCUCCACCUACACCGGCCCCGGCGAGCUCCUCCUGGCGCCGCCCAUGCUGGGCGAUAUCACCAGCUUACGCCUCACGGGCAACGAGGCCUGGUCGGUCAGUCACGACGGCUAUCUCGCUUCCACGCAGAACGUGAUCAAGGACUACAAGCGCCAGGGCCUGGGCAAGGCCAUGUUCAGCGGCGAGGGGCUGUGGGUGUACAAGAUCACGGGCACCGGGCUGGUGUGGCUGACCAGCUUUGGGGCUAUCAUCCGGAAGGAUCUCGCGGACGGCGAAAAGUACAUUGUCGACAACGGGCAUCUCGUCGCCUGGAACACCAAGUAUGUCAUGGAGCGGGUCGCUUCCGGCGGCCUCAUCUCGGGCCUUGCAUCCGGUGAAGGCCUGGUGUGCAAGUUCACUGGACCGGGUACUGUCUUUAUCCAGACCCGGAAUGCGAAAUCAUUCAUGGCAUUUAUGGCUGGGCAGCAAGCGGCUCCGUAGGCUGCAGGACCCAAAAUCCGUGGGAUGUGACGAGUGAUGACGGGGAGAGAAUUGGUUGUCGGUCUUUUAGGUAUGUAUUUUAAGCGUUGGUCAAUGAAGUGUAGUUGCUUUGAUGAACCCGGAUAUCUCGUAUAUAUUGAAUCUGGAGGAC